CAACCGCCAUGGCAGAGAGGUUCCCUCUCCAGCUGCCGAUGGCAUCGCAGGUGCCCGCUGUGACCUGCACCCUUCCGGCCAUGCCGCCACCGGUCAGUGCCUGCAUGCUGCCCUCUGUCCCGGGGCUGCCGCUGUCCUCUCAGCCUGCCCAGCUCCACCCCAUCACGGGCCAGCUGGUGCAGGCCAGCGUCUGGCAUGGGGUGCCAGGGCCCCUGGGACCCUCGGGACGGCUGGUGCAGCUCCCCCGCGGGCUGCAGCUCCCCGUCGGGGUGCAGCUCCCACCCGUGGUGCAGCUUCCCCGCGGGGUGCAGCUCCCCUCUUUGGUGCAGCUCCCCUCUGGGGUGCAGCUCCCCCGCGGGGCGCGGCUCCCCGCCGGGGUGCAGCCUCCCCGCUGGGUGCAGCUCCCACACGUGCCUGCUCCCAGUCCCCCUGCCUAUGGCUGGGGACAGCACGUGGUGAUGGGGACGCUGCUGCCCCACCAGCCAAGGGGGCUGGGGCCGGCGGCCGUGGUCCAGGGGGAGACCCUGGACCCCACGGGCUCCUGCCCGCUGCACCUCCCUGCCCGACCCGGCCCCCCGCCACCCCGCCGCCCCGCGCCUCAGCAUUGGGUGCAUGUGGGCCCCGCUGUGCUCCACACCCUGCCCGGUAGUGCCCAGAAGCCCUCGGUGGCCUCCAAUGAGGACGGGGCGGCCAUCGAGGACAGCGUCCCUGCUGCCAGCCCCCACCAGCCCGCCCUGGCUCCACCGACCGGCAGAACCACGCCAAAGCCCAAGGGUGAGUUUUGGGGGGUGGCAGAGCUCACAGGUGGGCGGCCAAGCUAA